GUCUGUCAAUAUUCUGUCAAUGAAUUCUGCUCACUACUGUUGUGUCAAAAAUUCAAUUUAAAGCGUCUAUUGUAGAAAAACCGCUCUAUUUUCAAAUAUAAACGGUUUCAAUAAAUUUUUCAUCUUUAGUUUUCAUUGAAAAAUUGAAAAUGUCAUUCGAUAACUCAACUUCUACUAAACCUCCAGAUAUCAAUGACUUCGUUAUAAUAAAACCAAUAAGUAAAGGUGCUUUUGGAAAAGUAUUUUUAGGCCACAAGAAAUCGAAUAAUAAAGUGAUGUACGCCAUUAAAGUGAUGAAAAAAUAUGAAAUGAUACACAAAAAUAUGGUUUCCCAAGUUGUGAAUGAAAGAAAUGCGUUGGCCCUAACCAACUGCCCUUUUUGUGUCAAAUUAUAUUAUUCUCUCCAAACUUCUUCUUCGAUAUAUCUCGUUAUGGAAUUUAUGGUUGGUGGUGAUUUAAAAUCACUGCUCAGUGUUUAUGGUUUCUUCGAUGAAGCAAUGGCCACAUUUUAUGUUGCGGAAGUUUGUUUGGCCUUGCAAUAUUUACAUAGCCAUGGAAUCACACAUAGGGAUAUAAAACCUGAUAAUAUGUUGCUUUCUAAGGAAGGACAUGUGAAAUUAACUGAUUUUGGAUUAUCAAAGGUGCAAAUACAUAGAGAUCUAGAGAUAACCGAUUUUGAAAGCAACACACCAAAUUUAUGUACUAGAACUCCUGGGCAAUUGUUGAGCCUUACUUCUCAUUUCAGUUUUGGUUCGGGAAACUCCAAAUAUGUUAGUGUCAAUCCUAAUAAUGACUCUAUAUCAGAAUCUUUCAGCAUUUUAGACUCUCAGAAUAAUUCAUCUGUUCUUAAAGAAAGCAAUAAGGUUAAUGUAACUUCGAAUAAGACUGACUCAUCUAAACAACAAAUAGCUUUAUCUGGUGUAAAUUACCUAUCAGCAGAAUUCACAAAGAAUUCAUCAGAGACAGAGAAUAGUUCAUAUCACACAUGUAAUAGUAAUCAAGAAGAUUCAACUAAGGAUGCAAGUGAAAUUACAAAUGUCUCUGAAUUUUCACCAAUCAGUCGAGGAAUACCCACAAGAUAUGGACUAAGCAGUAUGAGAGCAAAACGCAAAUUACGUUCUCCUUCACCCACUAGCUCACACAAGGCUUAUGUAAAAACAGGCCUCACAGGUGAAAUGGAAAUAUUGAAAUUAGACAAAAGUAGUCCAUUGCAAGGAGGUGUAACAUUUUCAACUCCUGUAGCAACAGAUAAAUCAAAAAUGAAAACAACAAGGUUUGACAUACCAAGAAAUACUCUGGAUAACCAAAAACCUUCUAGUAGUAAAGGUAACACAAUAGUCAGCCCUAUUUCACAAACUGGAGAAUGUACCCCAAAAACACCAAGGACUCCUUACCGAACUCCUAAAUCAGUGAGAAGAGCUCACUGGAGCUCUGAUCAAAGGGUUUUAGGUACCCCAGAUUAUCUUGCUCCAGAGUUGCUUUUGAGACAGGGCCAUGAUUGUUCUGUUGAUUGGUGGUCGUUAGGAGUAUGUUUAUAUGAAUUUGUAACUGGAUUUCCUCCUUUUAAUGACAGCAGUGCUCAAAAAGUUUUCAAAAAUAUAUUGGCACAUAAUAUUGAAUGGCCAACAGGAGCAGAAGCUUUGUCAAAAGAAAUUGUUGAUGCUAUUGAAUCAUUUUUGACUCAUGAUCCUGAAAAAAGACCUAAAGCAGAGGAAGUCAUAAAAAUGGAUGCCUUCAAAAAUAUUGAUUGGGAUAACCUAUUGUCAAUGACACCCCCAUUUGUUCCUGACCCAUUUGAUCCACAAGAUACAGGAUAUUUUCAAGCAAGGAAUGAAUUAUUAAAUUUUAAUCUUUCAAAUUAUGAAAUUCCGUGAAGUGUCUCUAAUUUAGUCCUCCAUUCAAAUUUUUAAAUAACCAUAUUUGAACAUACAAAAUAUUAAAAUGAUAAUGGAAAUUCAUGAAAAGUCAAAGAUACUCAAAGGGUAUCGUAAUUCAACUUAUUACUUAUCAAAAUGGCAAAAAGGUCAACUUGACAAAAAAUUUGUUAAAUUUAUUGCUCACAGUAAUAUUGUGAGUUAGAAUACAUUAAACCGUUGUUUUUA